UCUCGAAAAAUCUCUCUUUCAGAUUUUGAAGUUUAAUUUGAGAUCAUUUUCCUCCAACAAACCCGGAGAAGAAAUGGUGGGCAUCAUUUCAUUGGUUACAGGACGGCCAGGUCCGAGUGGGUUUGGGUCGGGGUCAACUGCCGAACAGGUUACUGAAGGUGUCGACGGAAGCAACCUCACUGCCAUUAUUACCGGAGGGGCAAGUGGAAUUGGGUUGGAGACGUCGAGGGUUUUAGCUCUCAGAAAAGUUCAUGUCAUUAUCGCUGCGAGGAACUUGAAGGCUGCCAGUGAAGCAAAACAGUUUAUUCUUGAAAAGGAUGAGACCGCCCGUGUUGAUGUCCUAGAGCUCGAUCUCUCCUCCAUCAAGUCUAUUAAUGCAUUUGCUGAAAGUUUCAAUGCUCUAAACAUUCCACUCAAUAUAUUGAUAAACAAUGCUGGCAUCAUGUUCUGCCCCUACCGCCUCUCUCAAGAUGGAAUAGAGAUGCAAUUUGCAACAAAUCAUGUUGGCCAUUUUCUCCUAACCAACCUCCUCCUAGAUAAAAUGAAGAACACAGCAAAAACGACAGGAAUUGAAGGCAGGAUCAUAAACUUGUCCUCAAUAGCGCACCAGUACAGUUACAAAGACGGGGUCCGGUUUGCAAACAUUAACGGCGGAGCUGGAUACAAUGACAAAAAGGCCUAUGGGCAAUCCAAGUUAGCAAACAUAUUGCAUGCCAAUGAGCUCUCACGUCGAUUGCAGGAAGAGGGAGUACACAUCACAGUAAACUCAGUUCACCCAGGAUUGAUAAUGACACCUCUGUUUCGGUACUCUGCUCCAUUAAUGAAAAUUUUGAAGGUUUUUAGCUUUUUCCUGUGGAAGAAUGUACCUCAGGGGGCGGCCACAACAUGCUAUGUUGCACUCCACCCAAGCUUGAUAGGAGUAACAGGGAAGUACUUUGCAGAUUGCAACGAGAUGAACCCAAGUGCUUAUGCUAGAGACCAACUGCUGGGCCAGAAACUAUGGGAUUUCACCAACAAGUUAAUUACCUCUGCUUCAAAGUCUUGAAUUCACCUGCCUUUCAUGAAUUGAAGCCGUACUUAUUGUUUUUUUAUAUAAAUUAAAAACAAGUUAUCCUGCUCGAAGGAAACCUUCUCCGGCUAGCUACUUUCUCAGAGUUUCCGAUGCUUUUGAUUGUUUCCUGGGAAAAGUUGGUGCGAUAAGAGUUAAGAUUUAUUGUGAUUUUAUCCUAAAAAUCAUCAAAAGCUGCUUAUGUUUUACUACUAUUUUUUUAAGGAAUAAAUUGUAUAUCAAAUU